AUGGAUAGAAGUUGGAUGUAUCAAAGACGAACUCAACGUGGUGAUCUUAAUCAAGUUUUUAUCGAAGGAUUAGAAACAUUUAUUGAGUUUGCAUGUAGUCAGCCGAAUUUCAUGGAUGGAACUAAAAUUCGAUGUCCAUGUAAAAGAUGUCGUCACAUCUCAUUUGAAGAAGCUGAGAUUGUGAGAUUUCACUUGUGCAAAUUUGGUUUUGUGCCAAAUUACUUUGAGUGGAAUAGACAUGGAGAAAUGUCUCACAAUCAAACUUCAAUGGAGUUUGAUGCAAAUUGGAGUUUAAAUGAGCAAAAUGAACCGUUGGAAUCAUAUCAGCAGAUGGUUUAUGAUGUUGCUGGUCCAAAUCUCAUAGCAAGGAAUAUGCGUGAGGAGCCAAAUGUAGAAGAUAAAAAAUUCUUCGACAUGUUAGAUGCUGCUGAUAGACAAUUACGGUCUGGUUGUGAAAAGUUGACACAAUUAUCUGCUGUGGCUCGAUUGCUAAACAUAAAGACAGAAUAUCGUCUGCCAGAGCAAUGCUUUGAUGCAUUCUGUCAAUUGUUCAAGGAUGGUUUACCUGAAGACAAUAACAUGGUUGAUAGUUUUUACCAGACAAAGAAACUAAUACAAGGGCUUGGGCUACCAAUGGAGAAAAUUGAUUGUUGUAGGUUGGGGUGCAUGUUGUAUUGGGGUGAUGAUAAAGAGUUAACCCAAUGCAAAUUGUGUCAGCAACCAAGGUACAAAAAAUCAAGUCGUUCAUCUAACCAAUCACUUGUCUCUUACAAGAAAAUGUAUUACUUGCCAUUAGCUCCAAGACUUAAGAGACUUUAUGCUUCAAAAACAACAGCUGCUUCUAUGAGAUGGCACAAUGAGGAUCAUGGCCACGAUUCUGGAGUUAUGUGUCAUCCUUCUGAUUCGGAAGCUUGGAAGCAUUUUAAUGCAACACAUCCAUCAUUUGCAUUAGAAAGCCGUAAUGUUAGGUUGGGUUUAUGCACAGAUGGAUUUCAACCAUUUGGACAGUCAGGACAACAAUAUUCUUGUUGGCCUAUCAUCAUUACACCAUAUAAUUUGCCUCCAUCCAUGUGUAUGAAAGAGCCAUAUAUGUUUCUGACUGCAAUAGUGCCUGGACCCAACAACCCUAAGAACAAACUCGAUGUUUUCCUACAACCUGUUAUUGCUGAAUUGAAACAAUUAUGGGAAGAAGGUGUGCUAACUUAUGAUGUCUCUUUGCAACAAAAUUUUCAAAUGAGAGCUGCUUUGAUGUGGACAAUUAGUGAUUUCCCAGCGUAUGCUAUGUUAUCAGGUUGGGGAACAGCAGGAAAACUAGCAUGUCCAUAUUGUAGGGAACAUUCACAAGCAUUUUGGCUUCCUAAUGGUGGAAAAAUGUCAUGGUUUGACAAUCAUAGGAAAUUUCUUCUACUUAAUCAUCCAUUUCGCUUGAACAAAAGAAGAUUCACGAAAAAUCGUGUGGAAAUAGGUCAUCCUCCCCCGAUUAAGAAUGGCACAGAAAUUUUAAGAGAAAUCGAUGAAUUUGGACUAUUAAAAGUUACAGGUGCUAAUGCAGAAGAGAUGAAUAAAUCAUGCAGUCGUAGUUGUGGAUGGAGAAAACGAAGUAUUUUUUGGGAUUUACCAUAUUGGGAAUCAAAUCUCAUUCGACAUAAUCUUGAUGUCAUGCACAUCGAGAAAAAUGUUUUUGAGAAUGUUUUCAAUACAGUAAUGGUGAUUCAAGGUAAAACAAAAGACAAUGCGAAAGCAAGAGAAGAUUUAAAACUCUUUUGUAACAGAAAAGAGUUAGAAAAGAACCAUGCCACAGGUAAAUACCCAAAAGCUUGUUAUUCAUUAGACAAUAAGCAGAAACAAGUGUUAUGUGAAUGGGUGAAAAAUCUGAAAUUCCCGGAUGGUUAUGUCUCAAAUAUGGGAAGGUGUGUAGAUAUGAGCAAGUACAGGCUAUUUGGAAUGAAAAGUCAUGAUUGCCAUGUUUUCAUGCAAAGGUUAAUGCCAAUUGCAUUUCGAGAGAUGUUGCCGACAAAGCUUAACUGCAAGAGUCAUUAA